AUGGCUUCUGCAAAGGAAUACGGCCUUCUCUGCCUCGAGAACCCUCUUCUCGAUAUUCAAGCCGUUGGUGACCAGGCCCUUCUCGACAAGUAUGGUCUCAAGGCCAAUGACGCUAUCCUCGCCGAGGAGAAGCACCUCCCUCUGUACGAAGACCUGCUCAACAACUACGACGCCAAGUUGAUUGCUGGUGGUGCUGCCCAGAACUCCGCCCGUGGUGCCCAGUACAUCCUGCCCCCCAACAGCGUCGUCUACCUCGGUGGUGCUGGUGAUGACAAGUACUCUGCCAUCAUGCACGACGCCGUCACGGCCGCUGGCCUCCGCGUCGAGUACCGUGUCGACCCUGAGAAGAAGACCGGCCGCUGCGGCGUUGUCAUUACCGGCCACAACCGAAGUCUGUGUACUGAUCUCGGUGCUGCGAACCACUACGACCUCGACCACUUGAAGAAGCCUGAGAUCUGGAGCCUCGUUCAGAAUGCCGAGGUGUACUACAUUGGUGGCUACCACUUCACGGUCUGCCCUCCAGCCAUCAUGGAGCUCGCCAAACAGGCCGCCGAAAAGAACAAGAUCUUUGUUCUGUCGCUCUCUGCCCCCUUCAUCCCCCAGUUCUUCAAGGAUCCCGUCGAUGCCUCCGCCCCUUACUGGGACUAUGUCAUCGGUAAUGAGACCGAGGCCGCUGCUUAUGCCGAGUCGCACAACCUGCCCUCCAAGGAGCCCAAGGAUGUUGUCAAGCACCUGGCCAACCUGCCCAAGGAGAACGGGAAGAGAAAGCGAGUUGCUAUUAUCACUCAGGGCACCGAGCCUACCCUCGUUGCUGUCCAGGGUGAGGAUCAGAUCAAGGAAUUCCCAGUCCAUGCCAUCGGCAAGGAGCAGAUCAACGAUACCAAUGGUGCUGGUGAUGCCUUUGCCGGUGGACUUUUGGCCGGUAUCAUGCAGGGCAAGGACCUCGCUACUUCCAUUGACAUGGGCCAGUGGCUUGCCAGGCUGAGUAUUCAGGAGUUGGGACCUUCGUAA